UUGAAGAUAAGAAGUAGAAUAAGUUCUCUCUUGUGGAUAGGACCAUAGCUCUGCUUCCCCAGAGGCACUCACAACUGAGAUCAUGGCAUUUGACGGGACUUGGAAAGUAGACCGGAAUGAGAACUAUGAUACGUUCAUGGAGAAAAUGGGCGUUAACUUGGUGAAAAGGAAGCUUGGAGCUCAUGACAAUUUGAAACUGACCAUCACACAAGACGGAAAUAAAUUCACAGUGAAAGAAUCAAGCACCUUUCGCACACUUGAAAUUGUGUUUGAACUUGGUGUCAACUUUGACUAUACUCUAGCAGAUGGAACGGAACUAAAUGGGAGCUGGAGCCUUGAGGGAAAUCAACUUAUUGCAAAAUUCAAACGUGUAGACAACGGAAAGGAGCUGAUUGCUAUUCGAGAAAUUUCUGGUGGUGAACUAGUUCAGACCUACAAAUAUGAAGGAGUCGAAGCCAAGAGGAUCUUUAAGAAGGAAUGAGCACGCUUCUUAGAGCCCAGGGCAACCCUGAAGAGUUAACCUGAUGCCAGACCUCUCUCCAUCUUGUUAAUGCCAGGCAGGUUCAUCCUUUCAUGAGCACUGGAAUAUUCCCAGUCUUGUCAAAGCCCAAAAUGUAAAAGUUAGUUAGAACUUCAUUUGUUUUAUGUUCCUUAAGAUAUAUAUGAACUGGUAUUUAAAAGGAAAAUAAAUAUUGUUCUCACA